AUGGCGCCGAAUAAUAACAGUCCGCUGUUCGCGUCAGGCAGACCCUCUUCCUCCAAUUCCGAAGAAAGAGCUGCGGCAGAAGACGAUGCGCUUCUUGGUAAUCGACGAAAGAAUUCCUACGAAUCCAAGAGACCUGGAUUCUGGAGAGAAAUUGGGCUCUUUACUUGGGCUGUUGUUGCUACUGCUGCUGUCAUCAUCCUAAGCGUUUUAUUGUCGCAAAGCCAUCAAGCUCCAAAGAAGACAAAGCAAAAUGGAAAGCGCAAUCUUAUUUUCAUGGUGAGCGAUGGAAUGGGCCCGGCAUCUUUAAGUUUGACGAGAAGCUUCCGACAAUUCCAGGGAGAUCUGCCCAUCGAUGACAUUCUUCAACUCGAUCAACAUUUUAUCGGUUCGUCGCGCACGAGAUCAAGCAGCAGUCUUGUCACAGAUAGUGCGGCAGGAGCUACUGCAUUUAGUUGUGGAAGAAAAAGCUAUAACGGCGCAAUUUCUAUGUUGCCUGAUCACACCCCAUGUGGUACUGUACUCGAAGCUGCGAAGAGAGCUGGUUAUACCACAGGCUUGGUUGUUACAACAGAUAUAACGGACGCGACUCCAGCUUGCUUUGCCUCACACGUUGAUUACCGAAUGCAGGAGGACUCGAUAGCUUUACAAGAGGUUGGGGAACAUCCUCUUGGACAUCGAGUCGUUGAUUUGAUGUUAGGCGGUGGACGCUGUCACUUCCUGCCCAACACAUCAGAAUCUAGUUGCAGAGCUGAUGAUCGCGAUGUCACAAAAUUGGCGCAAGACAAAUACGGGUGGACAUACAUUGAUACCAGAGAGGACUUUGACGAGUUGAAGCUUGGAAAGAAGGUUCAGCUGCCACUGUUGGGUCUAUUUUCUGACACAGAUAUCCCUUUCGAGCUCGAUCGACGAAACAUGAACGAUGUCUAUCCUUCCCUUGAUGAAAUGGCAAGAACAGCCUUGACCGCACUUGAAGCUGCAACCAAGGAUAGUGAUAAGGGUUUCUUUCUCAUGAUUGAGGGAAGUCGAAUCGAUCAUGCCGGCCAUGGAAACGACCCAGCUGCCCAAGUUCACGAAGUACUUGCCUAUGAUCGAGCUUUCCAAAGUGUGGUCGAUUUCCUGGACAAGAGCGAUACUGAAGGCGCUCUUGUUGCUACAAGUGACCACGAGACUGGAGGCUUAGCUGUUGCAAGACAACUUAAUCCAUCAUACCCUCAAUAUUUAUGGUACCCUGAAGUGUUGGCAAAUGCUUCCCAUUCAUCAGAGUAUCUUUCUAGGGUUCUAAGGGCUCAUGUUGCUUCUUCCGAAGCGAUCACCAAUGGACGCCCCGUGAGUAGGCGAUUCGUGAAAGAAGAUCUCAUCAAGAAGGGUCUUGGGGUUAUGGACGCGAGUGAGGAAGAGAUCGAUCGCGUACUUGACAAUCCGGCACUUUCUGCUUAUGCUUUUGCCGAUAUCAUCAGCCGCAGAGCACAGAUCGGUUGGUCAACUCACGGUCACUCUGCUGUUGAUGUCAACAUAUAUGGCUAUGGUGCUGAUGUACUUCGUGGAAACCACGAAAAUAUCGAGGUCGGCAAAUUUUUGAGAGAUUAUCUCAAUGUUGAUGUUGAUGCAAUCACAGCAGAACUAAACAGCAAGUCUAAUGGUCAAAGUAUCUCAGCUGCUUCAACCCCCGAUAUUCCAGAUUUUGGACGAUACGAAGAAAGACUCAAGAAGAACUUGCCACAAUAG